AUGUCGGAGAUAAUGAAGCAGGAAGUUUACCUUGUGGAGCGAAUCAGUUUACCUCGUGAACCACUAGAACAUCUCCGGUGCAUCGUUUUCCUACGACCCACGAAAGAAAACAUCAGUUUACUUGCCCAAGAAUUGAAACACCCAAAUUAUUCUGCUUAUUUUAUUUUCUUCAGUCAGAUCUUACCAAAGCAUUUGUUGAAGCAACUAGCAGAAGCAGAUGAGCAUGAAGUCGUUGUGGAAGUUCAUGAGUACUAUGGCGACUUCCUACCCUUGUCCCCAUUUCUUUUUGAAUUAGAUCUUCCCAAUUGCCUGGAAGGUAAUCGAAGUUUAAAAUCAACCGCUCUGUCUCGAUGCACCGAUGGGAUCACCGCCGUGUUGCUAGCUCUAAAACUAUAUCCUGCAAUUCGCUAUACAAACUCCUCCGAAGGAGCUCGUCAGUUAGCAGAAUCCGUCCGCUCAGUCAUUUUACGCGAAACAGCUUUGUUUGACUUCGGGAAACAGUCCGAUUCCUGUUCCGUUCUGCUAAUACUUGACCGACGUCAAGACCCUGUGACCCCACUCCUUACCCAAUGGACCUACGAGGCAAUGAUACACGAGCUGAUAGGCAUUCGACAAAACCGUGUUAAUUUAUCCAGGGCUCCCAGUGUACGUCCAGAACUCAGAGAAGUCACGCUUUCCAGGGAAUUCGAUCAUUUCUUUCAUUCCAACCAAUACUCCAACUUUGGUGAAAUCGGUCAAGCUAUUAAAAAGCUUGUCGAAAACUUUCAAUCUGCCUCCCGAUCCGUAGAUAGUAAAAAUGUUGAAACUAUCGCAGAUUUGAAAAAGUUUUUGGAACAUUACCCAGCAUUUAGAAAGGCUUCUGGAACUGUCGAAACACACGUCACUAUUGUGUCUGAACUGUCUCGUUUGGUAAAAGAGCAUGCUCUAUUGGAGGUCAGUGAAGCCGAACAAGAACUAGUCUGCCACGAUAAUCACGCAAGCAGCUUAGCUCAGAUAAAGGGAUUGCUGACUGAUCCACGUUUGCCUCUGUCGGAUGCUGUGCGCCUCGUCUUGUUAUACGCUUUACGGUACGAGAGUCAACGCAAAGAGAUUGCUGAUUUUGUCAAAUCACUGGUCGCCCGUGGUGCGAACGAGGAAGACGUACAAAUAAUACAGAAUCUACUAGACUUCGUGGGCCCACGAUCACGAGCGGAUGAAGGAACAAUCUUUGGUGCAAUGAAACGAGUGACCUCUGGUUCGCAUUCCCUCAACGGUCAAAUCGCGACAAGUGCUGUGACAGCUUUGACCAAACGGCUGGUCAAAGGCCUUAAGGGGAUCGACAAUGUGUACACCCAACACGAACCUGUAUUGAUGGAAAUUCUAAAUGACUUACUUAAAGGGAAGUUACGCGAAUCAUCAUUCCCCUACAUGUCUUCGGUAGGCGCUUCUGCAACCCAGCGCCCCAAGAAAAUCAUUGUUUUCAUCAUCGGAGGCGUAACUUAUGAAGAAUCUCGUUCAGUGCAUAAAAUAAACAGCUCAACGCCCGAUGUGGACGUGAUACUUGGAGGUACCUAUUUGCACAAUUCAAGAUCUUUCCUCCAGGAAGUGUCCUCCGCAACUAAAGGCACAUCGACUUAUUACGCAAACGAAUUACCCGAAGUCAAAUCAGAUACUUCCGAUGGAGCACUGCGGUCGUUCGGACACCCACGUGGACGCGUCCGCUAUGGUCUACUCAAGUGA